CUUUUCAGUAUCAACUCUCAACAGACAAGUUUUGACGCCUUCAACGAACUUCGGUGCGGUUUUGUUGUAUUUUUAAAAAAGUAACUUUCUGAAGGCCUAAAACAAAUCAUGGAGGGUGACUGGGAUGUGGAAAAGUAUAGGAACAACUUUGAGCCGGACGAGCAAUGGGAACUGAAAAAAAAGUUCAUGGAAACUCACAAACACCUUUUUCCCGAAGACCGAGUUGUCUGUCUCGCACAGGUUCUCGUUAACAUCGAAUUUUUAGGAACAAAGUACCCUGCUGAAACAAUGAAAACUGUUGCAGAACUGUCAGAAGAAAUUGUCGGUGAAUUUAGAGAAAGACAAAAGACAAGGUUGCAGAGAACAUUCGUUGGAGCUGCUGCUGCAGCUAGUGCCAAAGUCAAUCGCAGAUAGUCAUUGCUUCACCUGCUUCAAGAUUUACGAUCAGUAAUAGACGAAGUUGACAACAUUUCACCUACCUAUUGCAAUGUAUCAAUAAUGAAUACCACGUCUGGUGCAGAGUCCGUUAACUCUAAA